ACCCCGUUUCGCCUGGAACAGCCGUUGCUGUGCACGCCAUUUCGCCUUUCCAGGGUUUCCUCCAGCCCCGCCGCGCCGGCGACCUCCGCGAGCAAGGAUGCAGCAAUCCCCACCUCCCAUUCAGUAUGUGAAAGCGGAGAACCCACCAGGGGUUCAGCCUAUUUUUGUGGACCUGACAGUGACUGUGGGUGCUAAUCCCCAGAAUCCAUUAGAAGAAGUGGAGGUGGUGUUGAGGGAUUGGUUUGCAGAUCACAGAUGGAGAGAGGAAAUUAUGGGAUCAGGCUACAUAGGGGAAUAUGCUAAUCUAGGUCCCAAUCAACUGUUGGAGCUACAGACAAAUGUCUUUACUCCAAGGAGAUGGCUCAGACUAAGAAUUGAGUCCUAUGGAACCCAACAUUGGAUGGGCCUUGUCCUCAGAGGCGACAACUGCUACGCUAAAGGGUUCUUUAACCAGUUUGGACAAUGCCAACUGACAGAACGUCAAAGGAAGGAUGAUCCACGUGUUAGGGUGAAAUACCUACCUGAGGAGGAUUACCCACAUCUGAAUGAAGACUGGGAGCUUCAUUACAGUUCGUUUCUGAAUUGCUCCCAAGCAGAACUUUUACAAACCAUGCAAAAUCUGCUUCAGCCAGAAGUCUUUGUGCCUGAAACUAUUGCAUUUCUAUCAAACUUUAACCCCUUCAUGGUAGAAGAGAACGUCGAAGCCCAAGCCCAAGCCCAAGCCCAAGGAAAGGAAAGAUUGGGCGGCUUUGUUUUCCGGUUCGUUGAGUUCCUCCGGAUGCGACUGGAUUUGAAUGAUGAGAAUUUGAUUAGGAAAGUACAAGGGUGUAAGCCAUUGUCCACUGCACUGAAAAAAUGGAAAAGGGGAGGGUACCAGGUCUGGAAUCCAAAUAAUAUAGUGAGAAACAUGGGGCUGGAGUCCUUACCUCUGGCAUUGAACACUUGCUGUCUUGUUCUGAAUGACGGCGAGAAAUUUCCAGACGUUGGCGCAAAACAAUCAAGUGCGACCAAAAUGUCUGAUGAUUCAUCUAGUUCUAAGGAUGGAACAGGGGCAGGCCCAAGUGGUGGUGGAAAGGAAUCUGUUGGCAAGGAUCAAAAUGAGCAAUUUCCAGCCAGGGGAAGGCAAGGCCCAAGUGGGGGUGGAAAGGAAUUUGGUGGCAGUGAUCAAAAUGAACAAGGAUCAACUGAAAGCACAAAUAUUCCUCGUGGACAGCGGAUGGUCCAGCUGCUCGGAGUGCGUGCUAAUUUCACAAUCCAAGGCAUCAACCUUUAUGAUUCCUCUAAAGGACAGAGUAUUUAUGAACGAUCAUGUGGUGCAGAGGGUGAGGAUGAGGUUGGGAUGGCUGGUAUGGCUGACUUGGACUUACAUGGACCUUCCAAAACCAUCAGUGGUGAAGAUCUUAUUGGUGCUGAAAUUUUUUAUCCAGUCUCCCAGCAGUCCAAGAGGUCUAGAGGAAGCGAAAAGGCUGUCGGUACUGAGCUAGAUGCUAUGAGAGUUCAGUGGCCGCUUCACGACAGUGGGGAAGGACACAAAUGUCUCGUUUUCCGCAAAAGCCACUGCCAGGUGAUGCAGAUUUCAUGUGUAGUAAUUGAAAAUGCAAUUCAGGCUGAGAUUCUGGUUAAGCUUUUGUUGGGUGAAAUACUUGCUCAAGACUAUAUGGUCUGUGGAACCAUCAAGGCCUCGUCGUCUGACUACAGAGGCAAGUAUGUGACUCUUUUCAGCGAGAGAAGCUUGGGCAUACGUUCCUGUAGAUGGACUUGCUUACCGCUGGCAGUUCAUGUUGUGUGUUUCUCUCACGGUGCUGAAUUAGGACUUGCCAUUGAUGUGAAUCUGAAAGUUACAAAACCAUCUGAUCCAACCUAUCUCAUGGAAAUGGCUUUUGGUCUCAGAUUCAGUGGUGAAGGAGAAGUAAAUGUCAAGUUUGGUGAUUUUGAGUUUACAGUUGUUCUAAGAACGCCCCCAAAUCCAUACCACGAGGAUUUACUCCAGAUGAGGUUAUAACUCCCAGCAGGACGAGGAGGCAAAUAGGAUCAAUUAAGGAGCGGCGAGAUUGCGCAAGGUGGUGAAGGACUUUGGAAAGCUGGCGAUGAAUUGGGUGCCUUUGAGAAGAUGUAUUGGUGAUGGACGAGGAAGUUAGUAGAGAAGGCUUUUUCUGGGCUGACUGUAGCUGAUGUAGGGAGUGCGAGCUCUAGGUAGCUAGUCUUAGCUUAAAUGGUAGAUGCAUGUCUGUGUCAGCGGCAAAAUUCAAAUGAGUGAUACUCUGUUUUUUUUGGGGCCGAGGUAGGGUGGGAGAGGCCCAUAUCUAUGGUGCCUUGUGCUGCCGGAACACUUGUAAUGAUCACGGUUUUUUUAUUGAAACCCGAGGGCAAUUCCUCUUUUUGAA